AUGGACGAGAAAGUCUCCCUCCUAGAGGCAGACAACGCCCGCCUGCGCGCGGAGAAGACGGGCAGUCGGCCGGCGCUCAAGCGGGCAGAUCCCGACCCUCAGGUCUCGGUGGUGCCGCCCGCGGGCUCAACGCCCCGCCCCGGCGCAGCCGAGGCCGAGGCCGCGGCCGAGCUGCCUGAGGCGGCGCCCGCGCCGCCGCCAGCAGGCGCGCCGCGCCCCCCCGUGUCGGCCAGGGCCGCCGCGCGCCACGCGCGCGUCGCCAAAUUGCGCGAGAAAAUCCACGAGCACAACCGCAGGUGCGAAGCUUUUUUUCUUGAGAUCGAGGCGAUGCGCGCGGCGCAGGCCGAGAAGCGGGCCGCAGCACACGCCGAGCGUGUGCGGGCCAUCAUGUCCGGCGGGUGGCGGCCCGAGGCUGCCGCCCCCGCGAGCGGUGGAAGAGGGGCGGCAGUCGCCGCUGAGCCCCGGGCGGUGGUCGCGCCCGCCGCCUCUGACGCUCGUAUAGUCGCUGACGCCGCUGGCGCGGCGAUGGCGCUGCCGCGCCGCCCCUCCAGCGGUGGCAGCGAGCCGUCGGCCUUUACCUGCGACCCCAUCGCUGGAGCCAACAGCGGCGCCGGUGGCUCAGAGCCACGCCCGCUGACUCGGCUCGCCGGCGGCUGCCCGAGCAGCUGCUCCCCUGCCAGCGACGCCUACAGCACAAACAGCAUCCCCCACCGCAACGCCAGCAGCAGCGGCGGCGACGUGGGCCCUACUGGCAUGGGCCUGGAGACGUACCGCGCCGCCGGCCCUCUCGCGGAGGCAACGAGCGAGGCGUCGCCGCGGACGCCCGCCACGGGCGACGAGGCGGCCACCUGCAGCGACGCGGCCAAGGGCGCCCCUGGUCACGACGGCGGCGUCACCGGCGCUUUCGUCGAUGGCGACAGGCGCGGCGUGCUCUCGUUCGUGACCCGGGGCAUCCGCCCGACCGUGGUCAAGGCGUACGACAGCAGUCUCUUUUUCGGCACCGCCGACGCAGCUGACGACGAUGCCGCACAGGAGGCGCAGACGCUUUCCCCCAGCGGCGGCGGUGAUGAGGGCGCCGGGGCCGGGGCGCCGAAGCCGUACGGCCCGCACCGACGCACGCUGCAGGAGCGCGCGCGGGGCGCCGCGCACAAGUGCCGCAAGACGCUCGCGGCCGCCGCGGCGGCGCUCGCGCAGGUGUGCAGGAGCGGCAGCCGCAAGGGCUAG